AGACAGAAAUAGGGAGGUUGCGCACGGUUGCGGAGGGGGCGUAGAUCAGUCAUCUUCUAACAAUCAUUCUCUAUUGUCUCUUCCACCGCCAUUUUUGUCUGAAUUUCACGUUCAUUUCAUCCUUUUUAAACCCACAAUUUCACAAUACAUACAUUCUACUUUGUUUCUCUUGUUGGUGUUGGUGUUGGCUUGAAGAAUUUCGGAUAUAAUCGGAUUGUUAUUCGGUGAAAUAUCAGAAACAAUAGUUUUCUGGUAAGUCAUAAUUGAUUGAGGGAUUAAGAUGUCGAAAUCCGGGGUACAAUCGAGCUCGCAUGGAAACCUUUCCUUGCCUCGUAAAAACCUGUCCAUAGUGCCACCACCAAGGAGUUCAUUAAGCACACAAGAACUCGACAACGAUAUAAUCGAUUUAGAUCAAGCCAGCCCUUUGGCUGCUGACACUUAUGAGCAGUUGUUUCGUGAUGCAUUCGACGAGCAAAGCGUGGAUGGAUCACCCGUAUCAUCCGUCCAUGAUAUAAAUAUCGAGUUGGAGCUACGAUCUCUUGCGGCAGGAGGGCAUGCAAAAGGAGAUAAAACCAUGAAAAGGAGUGUGAUCAAGAUUGAUACAAUGGAACCAUCUUGUAGUACUCCAAAAUCUAGUACUCCAAAAUCCGGUACCCCAAAAUCCGGUACCCCAAAAGCCGGUACUCCAAAGAAGUUAAAUCUUUCUCCAAGUGUAAGAAGUGUAUCUUCUCCAAGAUCUCCACUAGUUCCAAAACCGAAAACAAGAAGCAAAUCGUUCCAAGACAAUAACCUACCUCUUGGGAGCCCAAGGAUAGGGAGCCCGAGAGUAGCGAGCCCAAGAGUAAGCACGUUGCAAGGAUCGAACAAAGAAGAUCCUGCAUACUUAGGGCCUUACUUACUGAAGCAAACUCAGGAGUUGAUAUCAUCAGGGGAGAACCCGAAGAAAUGUCUGGAAUUGGGGAUAAGAGCGAUGAAAGCGUUUGAAACUGGUCGGUUUCAGAAGCCGAAUUUGGAGUAUGUCAUGUGUUUGCAUAUUGUAGCAGCGUUGUAUUGUAGUUUAGGGCAGUAUGGUGAAGCCAUUCCUGUUCUAGAACGUUCUAUCGAGAUACCAAGUAUGGGUGAAGGUCAUAAGAACUCACUAGCGAAAUUUGCGGGGUGUAUGCAGUUAGGUGAUACACACGCGAUGCUUGGAUACAUUGAAAAUUCGAUAUUAUGUUAUACAGCGGGGUUGGGAAUUCAACGACAGGUUUUGGGUGUGACCGAUCCUCGAUUUGGAGAAACUUGUAGGUAUGUAGCGGAAGCUCAUAUUCAAGCAUUGGAGUUUGAUGAAGCCAAAAAGUUAUGUCAAAUGGCUCUCGACAUACACAAAGCGAACGGCUCAACCGCUUCUGUAGAAGAAGCAGCGGACCGGAGACUUAUGGGGCUUGUUUGUGACGCCAAGGGUGAAUACGAGGCUGCACUUGAACAUUAUGUGUUAGCCAGCAUCACCAUGUCUGCAGCCGGUCAAGACUCUGAUGUUGCAGCCAUUGAUGUAUGUAUCGGUGACGCUUAUUUAUCUCUGGCUCGUUAUGAUGAAGCGGUUUUCGCUUAUCAAAAAGCGUUAAAUGUGUUUAAGGCUACAAAAGGAGACAAUCACCCAUCAGUUGCUUCAGUUUUCGUUCGUUUAGCUGAGCUGUACAACAAGAUGGGGAAAUUUCGCGAAUCGAAAUCUUAUUGUGGUAACGCAUUGCGUAUUUACGAAAAGCCCAUGCCAGGAAGCCCAAAUGACGAAAUAGGUAACGGCUUCAUUGAAGUUGCUGCUAUAUAUGAAUCCAUGAAUGAAAUCGGGCCAGCGAUAAAUCUACUAAAAAAGGCGCUAAAGGUUUUCGGGAAAGUUCAAGGUCAACUGAGCACGAUUGCAGGCGUUGAGGCUCAAAUGGGAGUUUUGUACUACAUGAUGAGGAGUUAUUCGGACUCGUAUGAUUAUUUUAAGGUUGCUGUUUCAAAACUAAGAGUGGUUGCUGAGAAGAAAUCGGCUUUAUUUGGUAAUGUUUUGAACCAAAUGGGACUCGCUUGUGUUCAGAUCGAUCUGUUAGACGAGGCUGCUGAUCUUUUUGAAGAAGCAAAGGGUGUUUUGGAGGUGGAAUAUGGGCCUCAUCAUCCAGAUACACUUGGGGUUUACAGCAAUCUUGCUGGAACAUAUGAUGCAAUGGGCAGGUGGGAUGAUGCAAUUGAGAUACUGGAAUAUGUUGUAGGGAUGAGAGAGGAGAAGCUGGGAACCGCGAGUUCGGAUGUGGAUGAUGAGAAAAGAAGGCUGGCCCAGAUACUGAAAGACGCGGGUAGGGAUCGAAGCAAGAAAGAUUUGUCACUUGAAUUCCUGCUUGAUGGUUAAUUAACAAACUCAUCUCUCUCUCCCUCUCUCUAUUUAAAUAGCAAUUCAUGUAUACAUACAUACAUAUGUGAUAUAUGUUUGUAUAUUCAUCCAAUGUAUGCUUCCGUCCUGUACAUCCUGCAUUUUUAAGAGUUGUUCACAUAUGUGUGUUUUUGAUGUGUAAGUAGUAGGCGGGCCAGGACGUGUAAUGGGUCAAAACUGGUUUGGGUCGAUGUUGUUGUAAUCAUAUGAAGGGUAGCAGAGAUUUAUAUAUCUCAUGGAGUCAUGGAAUGGUAGGGUUUCUUGAUUCCUUAUUAUAGCAACUUGUUUUACAAAUUCACAUAAUGUUAGAAAUAGAAUUUUGUUUGAUUGAAA